CGAUCGACAACUGUGUCAACAUGUUCUCCGGGAAGUCACGGCAGCCAUUGUAAUAUUCGACUACCUGGUGUGCUAUCACUGAUAGUUUGGUUUUCAGGCUCUGUUGGGGCUUAGUAAUAGUCAUCUUUGUUCCUUACUUGGAUGACAGCCAGGAAACGCUGAAGUCAGCGAUUACAUGAGAUCACACGAGAAGAUAUUGCAGACAGGAUGAGCGCCAGCUCAAGAGCUAAAAAUAGAUCCGGAAAACCCGACCGUAUCUGAAGCUUACCAACAACGCUUGGCUGAACGAUCCCUUGCACCAAGUCUUGAGAGAAGAUACACGCAUGGCUUCAUUAGCUAGUAUGUGGGAGUGUCCAGCCUGCACCCUGAUCAACCUGCCGGACAAACGCUACUGCUCCGUGUGCUAUGCCCCAAACCCCGCCCACCACGUGGACCCUCCCCCAGAAGAUGACUUCCUGUUCGGGGGAUCGGAGACUAGUCUUCCUGGAGAGUGGACGUGCGGUCAGUGUACCUACAUCAACACGGACGUAACAGACCAUUGCGGUAUUUGUGGUACAGUUAAACCAGGCCAGAACCCAGACAGGGGACCUGUCAUGGAAGAGACGGAGACAGAUUCGCCAAGUAACCCUUUCACGUCUCAAACUUAUCAAGGCACCGGGAUCAACCAAGGUGGAGCUUCGUUCUUAAACAAAGAGACUCGCAUUGUUCUCAUCGGACGGACAGGGUCGGGGAAAAGCGCCACGGGCAACACACUUCUCGGUGUGAACAUGUUCCAAUCUAGGGCCGGGGGGUCGUCUGUCACCAAGAGCUGUAGAGGGGGGAACGGUCAAAGGAUGGGGCGCAACAUCAACGUGAUCGACACCCCAGGGUUGUUUGACACAGACAUGACCAAUGCUCAAAUCACCAAGGAGAUCGUCAAAUGUAUCGGAAUGACCUGUCCUGGCCCUCACGCUAUCGUCUUGGUCACCAGGAUUGACCGGUUUACCCAGGAAGAGCAGGAUACCGUGAAACAUUUUAGAGACGUGUUUGGAGAAGGCAUGAUGGAGUAUAUGUUCGUGUUGUUCACAAGGAAGGACGAUCUGGACCAUGAGGGAUCUCACAUAGAUGAAUAUGUGAGGAAUGUUCCAGAUAAACUUAAAGAUAUUCUCUCUGCGUGUGGCGGACGAUACGUCGCCUUUAACAACAACGAUAAACAACAUGAGAAGGAUAAGCAGGUCAAUCACUUUCUGGACAUGAUUGACCAGAAUGUCCAAACUCAUGGUGGGAAGUACUACACGAAUGCAAUGUUUAGGGAGGCCGAGGAAGUCAUGAGGAAGAGGGAGGAAGAUUUCAGAAAGGAAUUGGAGGAGAAUAAGAGACGCGAGAGGGAGGCUAUUGAGAAGGAGUUUGAGGAGAAAUACAACAAAGACAUGUCGGAACAGCAGGAGAUAAUUGAACAGCUGCAGAUGAGUAUAACGGCAAUGGAAGGGGAGCAGACGACAAGGAGAGGUAACUCUGAUGUUGCAGAUCUCAGGAAACAAGUCGCGGAAAUGAAGAGCGAAGCCGAGAACGAGCGACAGAGACGCAUACAGCGCCACGAAGAGAGGAUGGAGAGCCUGGAACAGGAAACUAGAGACUUGGAGAGACGAGCACGGGAAAGAGCACGGGAAGCAGUCGAACAGGAAGAAGAGUCAUCUCUCGGGGAGAUAUGGAAGGGGCUCAAACACGUUGGGAAGGGGCUUUGGAAAGGAAUUACAAGCAUUUUCUCAUAAAUAUAUAUAUAUAUGUCAUAUUGAAAAUAAUAUGACUUACACAUUAUCAAUGUUCGCUGAAUAUGGGGCUUCUGAUCUUAGUUAUGUAUAUCCGUUUGAUUUUCAAUGCGCAUAGUAGAGGUAUCAGUUAUAGGGUUUAUUGCGAUCUGCACAUGGUGGUUUUUGGUUGCAAACUUUAUCAAUAUAUUAUAAGAGUCGCUUUGGUCUGGACACGGUUCAUACUUGGAUUAACAGAGUUAUAGAGUGCAUUACUAUUUAUUUCGGGUCAUUGAUUGGUACAAAGAAAGUCAGACUUGUGACAUUUUAGACAAACGAGAAUUUGACACAUCCCUCUUUAAGUCGUUCGACCUAUCCACUGUGACAAAAUAUAUUCUUUUAUAUCUAUGUGAUAUAUGUGCACCAUUGCUACUGUCCAUUUGGUAUUACAGUUAUAUAACGAAGUAGGAGGAUGUUGCUGAAGCCAGUGAAACCCCUUAGUCUGGAACCCGCAUCUUCGGACAAUUAAUUGAGAAACAUCUUAAGAAUGCAUAGGGACAUUGUCAGAACCAAUGCCCUGCCAAUAAGGACAUGUGCUGAUCCUGAACAUUUCAAACGUCACUGUCCGGAAUAACGAGGUUUCAUUGUAUGUGUUAUGCCAACGAUGUUUUGACGCUAUGCUACCACGGACAUUAAGACCAAUACAUAUGCCAAUAUCAAUGCAUGUAUUACACGAAUGUCAACCAUUACAUAUGUUUGACCGUCAAUGUGAAGACACUGUUACGUUUCUAGAUUGAUAUGUUGAAAUAGAUAUAUAACUUUCUACUCCGUUGUAGAUGGAAGAUAUAAGUCUAUAAAUGUUAUUUUUAUGCUCUUAUCUCUGCCACAAGAACCUGUUAGCUGGGACUAUUUCCAGCCAGACAACAAUGCAGUUCAUAUAAAUAUCAAUUAUUAAUUGUGUUUUCGUAUAGUAAAUGUCAUAUAAGGAAUAUAAAAAUAUGUUACCUUUUGGCGAGGGUCAUACAAAUAUUAUUUUUCUAUUAUAAAAUAUAUUUUAUGAUACGAAAACAAAAUAGGCUUAUACUUUCUUUAUCAUAUUAUGUCAUUGCUGAAACAUAAGUUUUAAGACGUCUUUCGAUUCACUAAGGCAUGUUUGGAACAGCAUAGGAACACAGUUAAAGGCGCCAUUCAUGAUAUAGUGCCACCAGAUUUGCAGCCAUGUUUGUUUACAAAUUCACACAUCGGCUGACCUCUAUCUGCCCCUAUUGGAAACGUAAGUCGUUGGCUUUUGGGCAUUGCAUCAAUGUAUUGAGCUUAUUAAAAGAAGUGAACUCAUUUGCAUAUUUACAUGAUACCAAGUGUAACGGAUUGGUUUAUGACACCGACAAUACCAUUCAUUAUGAUAACACACAUAUUACGUCAUUCCACUGUACAGUUAAGUUCAGUGUUUUUGAAAUCUUUCCUUGGAAAUGCUUACAAACUGCGGGGACAACCCUCAGUUACUUGAGCGCCAUCCACCCUUGACGUCUGACAGUUAUAAAUAGUGGAACCCCAUAAGUCCAGACCCCGAUAAUCCGGACACGACCCCGCCUUCCUGGUUGAUACUGAUGGAAACAGACGACAUAUUAUUGUCCUUCCACUGUCCUGUUAAAAUAGUGCUCACUUGCCAUCUGUCAUAUUGUACCAUUAGUAUCAAUUUUGAAUUAUGAUACAUUCUAAUAUUAAUAUACUACUCAUCAUUUUCUAAGGACCAAAAUAGCAAUAUUAGUCAAAUAUGUGACCCUUGGCAAAUGUUGAGUAGUAUACAUGCAACUACUGAAUUGCACCACUGUGAGUGGUUUGGGUGAAAUAGAACAGCCUCGUUGUGAAGUCAAUCUCAACGUUAUCACUUGGAACGGGACUGUCUGGAUGAACGAGGUUACCUUAAUGUUAUGAUACGGGAACUAUGUUCCAUUCUACUAUAGGUUCCAACAGUGGACGAUGAGUUGCAGUGUUGUUGUAAUAUAAACAUAAUAUAACUUUUGUAACAUAUUUAUGAUAUGAUAUACUAGUACCAUGUACUAUCUUCCGUUCGCUGUAUUAGAACCAACUCGUGACGAAACAGAAGCUGCACGUAUAUGUUGUAGUUCGUCUGUAACGUCCAUUUGAUGGAUUGUUUCAUUAAAGUGUUUUUAUUAAAGAACCA